AUGGUGCAGGUGCAGCCGGACGACGUGGCCUUGAUCGUUUCUUUCGCUGCUUUGUGCUGGUCGGCGUGGAGGUACUGCAGCGUCGACCCCACGGCUGAUCUGCUGCCUCGGCGACCCUACCGACUGAGGACCUUGGACGCCGGCAGUGUUGAUCCGGUCAUCGGCCGCGACAACGAGAUCGACCGCGUCAUCUGCAUCCUCUGCGGCCGGACCAAGAACUGUGCCGCGCUGGUCGGAGCCGCGGGAGUCGGCAAGACCGCCAUCGUCGAGGGCCUUGCCAAACGGAUCGCUGCCGGGACGGUACCUGACCUUCUUGUUGGAGCCCGCAUCGGGGUGCUCGAUGUCGGGGCGAUGAUCGCUGGGACCAACUUGCGCGGCAUGUUCGAGCAGCGCUUGAAGGAGGCCAUCAAGCAGGCCGAGGAUGAAGGGGGCAAAUUGAUCCUCUUCAUAGACGAGAUGCAUAUGCUCAUUGGCGCAGGCGAUCAAAGCGGCACCACGGACGCCGCCAACAUCAUCAAGCCUGCGUUGGCCCGUGGUCGCCUCCGCUGCAUUGGUGCUACCACCUAUCAAGAGUAUUACAGGUACGUUGAGCGGGAUGCGGCGCUCGAGCGGCGGUUCCAAAAGGUUGAGGUCGGGGAGCCGAGCAUGCGAACGACAGUUGCCAUCCUGCGGGGGCUGAAGCACAAGUACCAAGAGCACCAUGGCUUGAAAAUUGACGAGGAGGCACUUGUUGCUGCUGUAGAGCUCGCUGCCCGUUAUAUUACUGGUCGUAAAUUUCCUGAUAAAGCAAUUGAUCUCAUGGACCAGGCAUGCACUACCGUAAAGUUGCACGCCAGCAAACAAAGAGAAAUAAAUGCACCGGGCGAGCUAGUCGUUGGUCCAGCUCACGUCACGCAGGUUGUGAGCCGAUGGACUAGAAUUCCUGUCACCACACUUGAUCAAGGCGAGGAAAAGCUGGCCCAUUUAAUAGAUAGAUUGCAUGAGCGGGUUGUUGGCCAGAAUGAAGCAGUUAAUUUGGUUGCGCAAGCAGUGUUAAGUUCUGGGGUAGGUCUUGAUAAAUUUGAUCAACCGAUAUGUUCUUUCCUCUUUUUGGGCUCGACCGGCGUUGGAAAGACAGAGCUUGCCAAAGCACUUGCCGAGAAGCUAUUUAACAACGAGAAGAUGUUAGUUCGCUUUGACAUGUCCGAGUAUGCUGAUAGUGGAUCGUUGUCGCAUCUCAUUGGAGGAUCUCGAAG